AUGGCUUCCACUAAGCCGUGGUCUGCUCCUUUGAUCUUUCUUCUCCCGCUCCUCUGCUGUCUCUGCUUAGAGUUGGCAGCUGCAACUGUAGUCAUAAAGCCAGACAAGAACGUCACUUUGCCCAAAAUUGUGAAGUGCACGGUUAAGCACUACAAACUUUGCUACUCGAUCCCUUUAAGCUGCCCCAAAACUUGCAAAGUGGAUUGCACAAUCUGCAAGGCUGUUUGCGAUUGCGAUAGGCCUGGUGCAGUGUGCGAGGAUCCGCGUUUCGUGGGUGGGGAUGGAAUCACCUUCUACUUCCACGGCAAGAAGGACAAGGACUUCUGCUUGGUCACUGAUACCAACAUCCACGUCAAUGGCCGCUCCAUCGGCAGGAGAGGCGAUGGCAUGAAACUCGCCUUGACUUGGGUUCAAUCGAUUGGAGUCCUCUUCGGUAAUCACAAACUCUUCGUUGGUGCCAAGAAGGUCACUGGAUGGGACGACGCGGUUGAUCAACUGGUCAUUGGUGAAGUGCAAGACUGGCUUCGAUGGCCGCGGAAUGAUCUGCAAGAAGAAAGGGAUGGAAUGGCGCCGGGGGAACACCUCUGCCGUUCCUUUCCUGUUUGA